AUGGAGGACAGUUCGUUGCACAAGGAGGCUGAGGGCGAGCAAAUCUCAAAACUGCUGGAUCGCAUUGCAUAUCUUCGAAAGCGUUCAGGCGACGAACAACGCAUUUUGAUUGCAGUGGCUGGCGGACCGGGUUCUGGUAAAUCGACACUAUGUGCGAGACUGCUUCAAGAAGCACAGAAGAAAGGGUUGCAUGAUAUGGUCGCAGUCCCCAUGGACGGCUUCCACUUUCCAAAGUCCCAUCUUGCGGCAUUGCAGGAUCCCGCAGAAGCUUUCGCACGUCGAGGAAACCCCCUCUCAUUCAAUGCCGCCAAAUUCGUCGAAGCUGUGGCAACUCUCAAAGCAACCGCAUCGGGACUUGCACCUACCGAUAUUGCUCUGCCAGGAUUCGAUCACGCUGUGCAGGAUCCAGUGGACAAUGAGAUCAUCGUACUCGCAAGCGCCAAGGUUGUGCUUCUCGAGGGCAACUAUGUGCUGUUGAACGAGAAGCCUUGGAACCAGAUCUCGGACAUGGUCGACGAUAGGUGGUAUAUCGAUGUACCGAGGGAUGUGGCUAAGCUGAGAUUGAUUGAACGACAUCUUCGCGCAGGAAUCGAGACGUGCUCUGUUGCAGCUGCAGCGAGAGCGGAGAGCAACGAUUUGAUGAAUGCUGACUAUAUAGCCAGUCGAUUGAUAGAACCCGAUAUGGUAAUACGGAGCGUUUAG